AUGUUUUCUCUUCCAAUUGAGGUUCAAUUUGAUGUAUUAAAAUGUCUUGAUUUCAACCAAAUAUUCUCUGUUAAACAAACAAAUUUUUACUUGCGCAGUUUAAUUAAUAAAUACGAGGGAGGAUUGGCACGAAAGAAAUUUGGUGAUUUCUCAAUAAUUAGUGAAAGUGACAGGACCUUUUUUGUUGAAUACAUUGAACUUAAAUCUGGGAUUUUUGAAUUUACUUUAGAUGAUCAGAUUGAAGAGAGGUGGAAGACAGCGAUAGACAAAUCAAUUCCGUUGUUUUUACAUGAGUCUGAAUCUGUAAAAAACUUACUUAUUAAAAGUCCUCAUAUGCUGUGCCAAAAAUUUUAUUAUUUAAAAAUGCCAACAAUUCCAAAGAAUAUUGAAGAAAUGAUUUAUGUUCGUUGCUGGUUAGAACAACUAUUUAAAUGUGCUUUCAAAUAUGUUCAUUUUUCUGAAUGUAUAUUCAAUCCAGAAAUGAUCAAUAUUUUAUUCGACAACGAAAAAACAAUUUCUCUUAAAUUUCAAAUUUUUAAAGCGUUUCUAUGGCCUAGCAAUACAACAUUUGAAAUUCUUUUAAACUUUUCUGUAAAUCAUUUAUCAAUUUCUGAAGCUCUUAAUAUCUUUCUGGAUAAAAUUGACGUUACAGAACAACAUAUUGAUAUUUUAUUCAAAAUUUUAAUAAAUGAAGGAAAUAAACUUCCAAAGAUUUAUUUAAGAUGGUUCAAAUCAACAAAGCUUUAUGAUCUUAUUAUAGAAGUUAGUCGUUUAAAAUAG